AUGGAUGCGAAGACAAGAAUUAGUACCGCGGCAUUGGGCUUUGGUUUUGAUCGGUUUACGAACAAUUAUAAGUACGUCAGGAUUGUAGCGAUUCCAAAUGAACGGGUUCAAUUUGCACCAGAAAUUUACAAACUCGGCACGGAUGAUGGUUGGAGUAUGGUUGAGAAGCAUUAUGACUUUGACUCCAAAUCCAUUUUGUCGUUCCAGGGUUGCCUUCACUGGCGGAUGCUCACCCCAAUGCGUCCACCUGAUCGCCAAGCUCGUGAAUUUGUAAUCCUUACUUUUGAUCUUCGUGCUAACACAUUUGGAAGGAUAGAAGUGAUUUGUUUGAAUGGUGACGAGCUUGUAGCGAUAACCGAGGACAAAGGCUUGGGCUCUUGGAAGCUUCCCCUAAUCAGGAAUGAUGGUCCUGAAGAAGAAGAAGAGGAGGAAGAAAAACACAAAAUUACAACGUUCGACAUCGAUUGUAUGCAAGUUAAUAACUCUUCACCAUUGCAUGUUCAAGCUGUCAUCUUUCAACCAUCUUUUGUUUCUAUCGGCGGAGGCGGAAGAAAGCUUUGA